AUGCCGUUCAGCGAGCCCACAGAGGUAUUGCUCAAGCGCGGUGAGGCUCACGAGCAAAUAUUCACUUGGAACCUCGCCUUCGAUGCCCCUGGUUCAUCACAAGCUGCGACCCUGGCGCACGAGGGCGAGACACUCGUCGAUGCUGUUAUCAGAGAGUUGGAAGGAUACAUCAAGGAUGACACGUUUGUGAACUCUGUCGCAAUGUCAGCCGAUACUGCGACCAUCACAAUCAACGACGAGCGGGGCAUUGACGGGAGCGGAACCCUCGCGCAGAUGGCUUUCGAGGAGAAACAAGGCUAUGUCACGUACAAGGGUAAAGAUCGAGAGAUCUUAGAUGAGUACCGCAAGAACCUGGAUGCAUUCAAUCAGGUCCACGGCGGUGACCGUGGCAAGUCGCCCGAACAACAUCCCUCACCACAUCCACAUCAGAUGAAAAGGUACAUCGCAACGUACAACGUAUCGCCAAGUGCCCCCAAACCCCACAACCAGGGCUUCGAAUGCGGGAGCACCCAUGAUCUCAGAGGUUUCGUACGAGAGCUCAAGCGAGUGAAGGAUAACGGCGUCGUUGUCAGCGCGAUGUUCAACGGUGAUACCGCCGUAAUCGCUGUUGACGCGCCGAACGGUCUGUAG